AUGGAAUGGAAACAGAAAAUCUUUAAUCAAUUACAAGAACGUAAUAGACAAGAACGUGAUGUUUAUGCAGAAAUUGUUAAACAUUAUAACCGUCUAACUGAAAAUUAUUCAACAAUAUUAGUACGAUGUACGGAGCAAGAACGUGAUAUAUUAACAUUACGUCAAGAAAACACAGAUUUGCAAAAAAACAGUGUCAGUGUGGCUGGUCUCCCUGUUAAUGAUAAAGUUAGAACAUUAGAAAAUGAUUACAUGAAAGCGAAAGAUGAAAUACUCACAUUACUAAGAGAACGAGGCGACAUGACGAAAGAAGUAAUUAGUCUUAGUCGUCUUGUUAAAGAAAGAGAUGAAAAACUUUAUUCUGAACAAAAUAAAAAUCAAAUAUUAACAAAAGAAAAUAUAUCAUUGAAACAACAACUUGAAUCAGCUCAUGAACAAUUGAGUGCCUUGAAGAAAGUUAAUGAAACAAUACAUGAUGAAUUUCAAGCAUUACAAUUAGCCUAUACACAAUUAGAAGAACGUCAAAAAGAAUUAGAUGCAACCAUUGCUGUUUUACGUCAAAAAAUGACUGAAAAAAUAGAGAAAAAAUGUAAUGCAUUAGAUGAAGAAGUUAAAUUGCAUGAAAAACGAAUGGAAGACGAUGUUAAAAGAAAAUUAGAUGAAGCUAAAAGUGAUGUUAUGAUACCGACAUUAUCAAAUUUGAUUUCAACUACAACAACAACAUCAGUAACACAAUUGAAAAAUACCAAUCAGGAUGGAAAAAUACAUCUGACACCAACAGUAGAUUUCAUCAAAGUCGUUGUACCUAAAAAAGCUAUAUUCAAAUGGGAUUGUGGUGAUAAUGAAUUACAUGCUAUUCAGUUUCAUCCAUCUGGAUCAUUAAUUGCAACAGGUGGUAGUGAUAGAAAAAUUCAUAUUUGGGAACUGAAUGCUCAUAAUAACCAAGUUCAACAAGCUUAUGUUCUUACUGGAAAUAAUUCAACAGUGACAGCUAUUGAUUUUGACAGUGAAAAUGCUAAUUUAAUUCUUGGAUGUUCAGAAGAUUUCGCUUGUCGUGUUUGGGGUCUUGCUGAUCAACGCUUACGUCAUACAUUAACUGGUCAUGGUGCAAAAGUUUUUUGUGCUAAAUUUGUUACUGCAAGUUUGAUCGCAUCAGGUAGUCAAGAUCGAACGUUGAAAUUGUGGGAUUUACAAAAUCGUCAAUGUGUCCGAACUUUAUUUGCUGGAUCGAAAUGUCAUGAUUUAGUUGCACUUGAUGCAUCUGGAAGUUUGAUUAGUGGUCAUUUUGAUAAAAAAAUACGUUUUUGGGAUGCUCGAAAUGACUCAACUAAAUGUGAAUUACAAUUACAAGCAGCAGUUACUUCAUUAUCAAUUAAUCGAGAAAAACAACUAUUAUUGGCUUGUUCACGGGAUGAUACACUUAAAUUAAUUGAACUCAGAGAAAAUCGCGUUAUACAAACAUUUAGAUCAAUUGUUAAUGCUGUUGCUUAG